GCUGGAACUGUACCGUCUCUCUCUCUAUCUUUCUGAGACAGCAUGGCUCAUGUACCCUGACCAACUCAGCUGCCUGAAAGGUUACUGUUGUGGACUAUAUCUUACCACUUGAAUACGCUAAACCUUUGCGCGUUUCAUCCAGAAAGGCAGUUUUCUUUCGGCGCUUCAGGACAGCGUCUCUAUAAAUUCAAUUGGCAAACGUCAAGGUUUGACUACAGAGCGCAAGUCUUAAUUCACAUGUUGGAGAAUAAGGUGCCAGUGGACAUACGCUGUUGUUUUCAUUCACUCAAACUAACUACAGUGACCAACCGCGCUUUGGAAUGGGAAGUGAACAUUCAAAGGACCUGAAAUUUGUCUAAUUGUUUUCUUUCCUCGUGGAAACUAACUCGAUAAAUCGCAAGAAAGGAUGUGCUUGAGAUGAACGCAUUAUCUGGAGUGUUGACAGACAGCGAGCGAUUUAACCGGCUUCGUAGUGUUUCUUCUAAUAAUUUACAUGUAACUGUGACUCUUUGAAGGACUCUGGCGUUGCUUUCACUGCGGUCGUAUUGAUUUGUCAUAAUCUUUUAUACUGUAAAAGAAACAUAAUUUAAAGAGAACACAUUUCGCACGUGGGAUAAGGAAAAGCAGACGGCUCGCGCAGUUCGUCUCCACCGGAACGCAUAGGGUUGAAACGCUGCGAUUGAAACUUUCAGAAAUGCCGCAGGUGGAGAUGUUUUAUUUUGUGUUUAUCAGCUUGUGGACGUCUGUGUUGGGCCUGGACCCGGCGUCUAAGAUUGUGGCGGAUCGCUACGCAGUCUACUGGAACCGAACAAACCCAAGGUUCUACCGAGGAGACUACCACAUCGACGUAUGCAUCAACGAUUAUUUGGACGUAUACUGUCCCCACUACAUGGACACGGUCCCUGAGGAGAGGACGGAGCGCUACGUCCUCUACAUGGUCAACUACGACGGCUACAGUUCUUGCGACCACACAGCAAAAGGUUUCAAACGCUGGGAAUGCAACCGGCCUCUCUCGCCUAACGGGCCCCUGAAGUUCUCCGAGAAGUUUCAGCUCUUCACACCGUUCUCAUUGGGUUUUGAAUUUCGGCCAGGCAGAGAAUAUUACUAUAUCUCAUCUACCAUCAGUGAAAAUGGGAGACGGAGCUGCUUGAGGCUGAAAGUUUUCGUCAGACCUUCGAACAACUGUGAGAAAAGUCACGACCGCGUCGUCAAGAUCAAUGAUGGAAGCAUCAACUCUAUAGAAAAUAAUAAUGACGGAACGAGUCAUGAAUCCGCCGAACCAUCCCGAAGUGAUGUCAACGGCGCCGGACGCGUUCAGACUGUAGGGCCCUUGUUGGCCUCAGCGCUGGUUCUUUUGGCUUCACUGUCCUCCUUAUAGCAUCCCAUAUGUGCGCAGUGACACAUCUAAAGUAUACAGGAGGACUCGUGAUCGAGCACUUUUAAGGAACAUUUGAGAUCUUUCUCUCAACUGAAAAGUAAUUUCUCGCGCAGGAAGACGCGACGAUUUGUGCUUCUCAUCUUUUGGAUGGUUUUCGAUGAACAAAAUCCCCAACCCGCAGAAAAAAAAAAAAAAAAACCUUUCUUGUACACACGAAUAAAACCCACUAAACUAUGACACACAUACAAAAAUAGGUCCGUGUCCUCUCGGUGCCCCUAUGUAACGUUGGAGAGGGCCUUGUAAUUGGGGGCAGAGGAAGAAAAUGACUUUUUCACAAAGACCUCUUUCAGUGUUGCCGUCCAGAAAAGAGAAGUCUUAUAACAGAUCAAGAGGACUAUCUGAGGGAUCUCUCCACUUGCAUUGUGGGUAAACGUCGUCACUAUGGACUCAACUGCUGACUCUACUAGAUAUCAAGGCAAACUGUUGCCUGAUAGUAUCCCUUAUAAAAGGGAAAGCAGGGAGCUUUUUAAUAUCUAAACCAGAGUAGUCCACGUUGACUCAGGUGCUCAGGUGAACGGUGGCAUUUUUGAAGAGUUUUCGUAGAUAAAAGAAAAAGAUAAGCACUCGUUUUGUACAUUGUGUACAGGUGUACAUGGGACUGAAAUGAAGAUGUGGUGUUCUUGAAGUAAAAUGCUCAAGUGUAGCUGCCAAAAUCGAUGUUUUGUUAGGAGUACGGAGCCUCACUGAUCAACUGUUUGAGUGAAUAUACUAAUUUGUUUGGUGAAUCAUCCUUUUCUUAUUUAUUGUUCAGUCUUAGUGCUCUUGACACUUUGUUGUGCUAGUCAUCAGCCAGAAUUCAGGAGAAAGGAACACAAAAUGCCUAGCUUCAGUCAACUUACAUUGGUUUAUAUGAAUAACAACCGCAUUGCAGAGUAACUUCUGAUUAUGGUUUAAUGUUUUACUAAGCAAAUCAAUCCUUGAAAUGAUAUCAGGGGGUAAAAACAGUAGUACAUCUCCAUAUCAUGUCCGUCAGGGAUCACGUCACUCCUGAAAUUGCUCCAUUAUUAUUAGUAUGAGUGGGCGAGAGGGGGAAAUGGUUUUGAUGUAAAUGCUUCCUGUCUUUUUCCCCUAGAAUAAUCAAAUUGAACAGCAUUAAUGUUUUAAUUCAGUCAACAAUUUGAGCUCAUUCCUUUGCCAAUUGAAUUGUUAAUUAUGUAAAAAAACCAUUUAUGAGGAUUCUUUAUUCUAAGCAUGAAGCGAAAGUAAUUCAGUUAUUUUCUUAUAUCCUCCAAAUGAAUCCUCACAUGGACGUUUCUUUUAUCAAAGUGCAUUUCAACCAUGCCGUUUUGUAUUUAUUUACUUUUUCAAUACAGAGCUGUGCGCACUAAAAGCUCAUCUGGGAUCUGCUGAAACAGUAGCGGAGCCCCGCUUCCACCUCGGUGGCAGCUGACACCCUAACGUGAUUUAAUAGGCUCUUUGAUGUUGUCCAAAGUGCCUGGCACGCAGACCACAUACUGCGAGGCCUCAUGUGGGUUAUUUCUGGAAUUAAAAAAUCGACAGCAGCACGGAGGAGCGCGGUGUCCAGUUUAGCCGCAGGCUAGCGUUACUCUCAUGAACUUGGCUAGAGAUGGAGAAAGAUGAGAUCUCCUGCUGGGAUCAAUAGUAAUGGCCUUUACAGACACAAAAACAGGGUAAAUAUUUGCCCCAGUCCCUGUUCUCCUCGCUCGAAUGGUUUCCAUGUUUUUCAUUCACAUCUAUGUAUCGACAGUUGGGUAAGCCACAUAAACGUAGUGUUUGCUUUUAAUACAGUAUGUGGCUAGCUUCUAUGGUUCUUUUGCUCUGGUAACACAGGAGCACAUGGGUCCUAUGGAUGCUAUGUAUCCGUACGUUGUCUAGCAUCAUAUCAUAUAGUGAUGUGAUAAAUGAAAUAAGACACAUUAAGAAAUAGUCCAGUAAAAAAAAAGCAUAAUAUCAAAUGCAUUUGCUAUCAGAACACAUUUUAUUUCAGUUAAAUGUUUGUUUGUUUUUAUUUUGAGCAACAGUUAAAUGGUUCAGUGUUCAUGAAGACAACUAGGAAUGUGUGCUGGUCCAUCCUCAAAAGCACCGCUGUAUUAUCAUUAAAUCAUAUGCUUAAAAACCCCUGUGGAACAUCUUAAAGUCUGCAAUGCUCUGAUGUUGCACCACAAAGAAAUGCUGUCGUCCAUUUAUUGUCAUGGGAACAAACCUAGAAGGACAUUUUUAGCAGAUUUAAUUCAGGAAACAUUAUUUUUGUAAAAUGACUGCAGUGUCUGUUUUUGUCCAUAUGCAAAACUCCCAUUUGUUCUUUUUAUAUUGGGAAUUUGAGGUCAGAGGAAAGACUAUCUCAUUAAACUUCCUGCAUUUUUGCUCCACAAGGCAGUUAUGUUCCUGUAUUCUCUCAUCGUUUUUAUCCCAGAAAAUAUUUCUUCAGUGUUAGACAUCAUUUUCUAAUUCUUUCCACACCUGCGAAGACCAUGAUAUCUAAACCACCAUUUCCCUUAGCUUCUUGGCUGUGUUGCCUGAAUAUUUGCUGUGACGUCUCUUGGCGGUACAGUGCUGACUUGCAUUAUGAUAUGACACCUUUUUAUAUCUUCAAAUGCCAUUGUUUGUAAAUACACUUGCUGGAGCAGCUCAAAUAAAUGAUUAAAUAAAUUUGUCAUUGUUGUAAGAAUCA